AAUAUGCAGAAAAUAUAUCAAUAUGUAUGUAUAUGUUAUAAAUUAUGGCAUAUUGAUAGAACUUAAUGCAUAUAUAGUAUAUGUGCAUGUAUGUACAUAUGCUAAGGAGCAUAGAAAAUCGUAUAAGUCGCCGCCAGCAACGCCAGCUAAUUCAUUACUUGUUGGUUGACUUUAUGCACGCCCAUAAUAAUCCAUAUGCCUUGUCAAAUGACGUCAUGACGUCACCUCAUAAAAAUACAUCAUGGAGCAAGGGCACGUGAAAUGAAAAUACUAGGAGAAGGAGCCGGUAUGCGUUUCCAAGUGAAAUUAGGAAAAACGUUCAAUGAAUUUCAAUCUUUAGCAAGCUCAAACAUCAUUUUGAAUGGAAUAGUAAAACAUAUUUUGAUUCGCUUGCCUAACUACCAGUCGUGAAACCAUAAAAACCAUACUAAGCUUUGAAAAUAAAAAUCAAACCAAAUCAACAAAAAACUUGAAUUAGCACCAAAGGUCGAUAUUAGUCAGUAGCAACCAAAUAAUUGUUUUGCUUUUCGUAGUAGCAUUAUUACUACGAUUUUGCAUCAUUUUGAGUUGCAUUUAUAAACAAAAAAUUUGUCAAGCUGAAGCAGUUGUCGCAAGACGUGACGGUGCUGUUGAAAAUUAAAAAAAUGGACAGCAUCGGUGAGGAGAACGGCAACUCGAACAACAUUGAAGAAGGUCACAAUUUGACGACUACAGCAACGCAGCAACAACACCAAAGUAAUAACUCCUCGAAUUCAACCGCCGGCAAUAGUGUAGCAACAUCAGCCGCCGCGAGUGGAGCCACUGUAUUGACAACAACAGCGAGUGUGCAAUACCCAUUAGCAGCACCGGUGCACAACAGUUUACAGCAAAUGCAGUCUGUCAUUCAAGCAGCCAAUCAGUCGUCAGUUAUUCAAACAGCCGCCACAAAUGCUGUAACCGCGGCGACGACAGGGACGAUAGGUGUACCCAAGGGUGGGGUAUUGUAUGUGAAUAAACCACCUAGUACAACUGUAAUACACACAACAUCCGGCAGUGGUGUACAGCUCCCUCCACAUUUUCAAUGUAAAAUCAAACCCGAACCAAAUACACAAAACCUCGACACGAAUAGUGAAGAUAGUCUCACUGACGAGGACUCACCGCAGCGACGAAUAGAGCUCACAAGAAGGCCAUCGUACAAUAAAAUUUUCACCGAAAUUAGUGGACCUGAUAUAACAGGUGGAGCGACUUUGCAAAUGUCAGAGACUGGUGGACUUCAUGCGUUGUCGAGCACGGGGGGCAGUACAAGCGGCACACUAAUAAUGCCGCCGGACAAUGCGGCAUUUUACAUACCUCAUAGGAUUCCAUACAAUACUAAUAAUAGUGGCAUAGCUGAGGAUCAAACGCGUAAGCGUGAGAUACGAUUGCAGAAAAAUCGGGAGGCGGCACGUGAAUGUCGACGUAAAAAGAAGGAGUACAUAAAGUGCCUGGAAAAUCGUGUGGCGGUGCUUGAGAAUCAAAAUAAAGCGCUCAUUGAAGAAUUGAAAUCACUCAAGGAGCUCUAUUGUCAAACAAAGAUCGAUUGAGACAGGCAGGAUGAUGACGACGAUGCGGUUGGGACGGAAGUGGCGGCUACGGAUAACUAUGAAAACGAUGGUGACAAUGUCGCAGAUACUGCGGAUGCCGAUAAUUCUGCGGUAUCGAAUGUAGAUUUUGCCGCUAUAAGUACAAAUUGUGAAAAUGCUGCUGCAAAUGGAGUUUUAAAUAUCAAUGCGAUAAGUGAAACAGCAGCACUUACUGCUGGGAAUACACUACAGCAACAUGAUGAUGAUGAUGAUGAUGGUGACAGUAGCAACCUUUGUAGUGACGAUGCUAUCGUUGAAUAUGUUGCAGCUGAGCGCAAGGAUUUUCAAGUGAAUAAUCGUUUGCAAGUGUUGCGUGUAGAACCAUCUGUUGCAGCAACAGAAGCAGCAGCAACAACUACAACCAUUGUGCGCCGCAUUGUCGUUGCAAAUGUGAAUGCUGCAGCUGCCGUCAAAGCCACCGCCGCUACCGUUGUUUUUGUGCCCGCCAGACCUCCCACAAAUUGUUAACCUGAUACGGCGAAGAAUUAGUGUUGCACUAAUUUUUCGACUCAACAAAUUUUUUGAAGCAAGGCAAAAAGGAAAAAAACACACAUACAUACAUACAUACACA